AGUAUUCGCCGAGUUGCCAUCCACAUCACAUCGUUACCAAGACCCCAUCCAGAGUACUUGGCGUGCCGCGGAGAUCUGUCUUUCUCUCUGGAUGGAUUGCCCGGGUGAUUCGUGAGUUUUUUUAAAGUAUUUUUUAUAUAGUGGCAAGAAAAUUGGCAAAGAGAGAAAAAGUGUUGAAAGGAAAAUAUUUCACCUGUGCAGGGAGACUUCCUGCUAUUUUGGGGCAUUUCUGCGCACAAAUCACGGGGCAUUUCGACACAUCCCCUAUAAGUUCUAUUGUGUUUGAAAUUGGCUAAAAAACGCUUUAUUUGCCCCGAAAGCAAUUCAUCCACUUUCAGUGUUGAUUUCACUGCGUAAAAUUGUUGCACAUACCUCUCUUGUCCAUGCUAUGUGGCAUGGGAUUCUGUGUUAAAUAAUUUUGCAUUGAGUGACCUCCAAAAGGUAAAUUUAUUGAUCUUACUCCUGAGUGCAAGUUUGAGUGCAACAGCAUGCAGAUUCCUCCGGCAUCGCGUCUUCAUCUUACAGUGAGUGUGGCAAAGAUUGGCGCAUGAAGCUGUAUAACGGUGGCUCUCUACAGUGGUUGAUUUUCUUCUUACAUGGGCAAAAGAACAACACCAAAUUGCUCUCUCUCUCAAAUCCAGUCUUCAUCCACUUGAUGCGAAGAAUGGACGCCAAUUGUUGUUCCAUCUGCAAAUCAACAUUCAACCUCGACGAGUCCCUGUGAUUUGUAUUUAUAUAGCCGCGCGCGUUAGUUAUCAAGGAAAAUUCAGUGUGAAGAAAAUACCCUUGAAUUGUGUGUGCGUUUUGCCCAUCGGAAGACCCUCACUGUGAGAACACAAAGAGAAUCCCCACAUAAAUUCAUCUGGAUAAAAAAAAGAGACUUUUUGGCGAUUUAAACAAACAUGUAAAUGUCUCGGAAUAGUGUGCGAAUUAAUUGGUUAUUUGUGGAAAUUUCUUGUAUAUGGCAGCAAAGAGGAAAGGAAGAAAUAUGUUACUUCUUCUAUUUGCUGCAUUGUAUCUCGUUGAUCUUAUUCAUGGAAAUCACUUUCAAGUCACACGGAAUUGCAGUGUAAAUUAUAGAGGACAAAAGCUCAAUGAAGAGAAUCUCCACGAAUUUCUGGAUACUCAUGAACGAUUCCUCCUAUUUGGACACAGUGAUAAACAACGUGAUUCAAAUUACAAAUUAAUAAAUGUGAUAAGAACAAAUCGUCGAAGAAGAUCAACGGAUGGCAAUGUGAAGAUAAAGUGGGAAGAUGACGAUGGGGAGAAUGUUGAAUUUAUCCUGGAGAAAUCCCAGCAAUUGCUGGAUGAUGAUUUCGUCUUCAUUCAUCGCUACUCCAACGAUUCGAGCAUCAUUGAGGAUUCCAAUGAAAUGCUCGAUGAUGUGACUGAAUGCUUCUUCACAAACACCCAGAGUGCUCUCGAUGUAUGCGAUGACAAUCUCCGGGGUGUUGUGAGGCACAACAAUCAAGACUUUGUGAUUCAUCCCCUACCUGAGAGAUUUGGCAGUGGGAUUCAUUUACUUGUCCCAAGGAGGACGCCGCAAGAGGCGCCGAGAAGCAAUAGAGUGGAAAGAAAUGAGAAUUUCUUCGAUGUUGAACUUCUUCGGGAGGAUUUUGAGGAAUCAGCCGGGCACAGGAGGUACAGGAGGUACAUCUCGGCGAAAAAGACACCCCCAAAUGUUUUACACGUGGAAACGGCAAUUUUUGUCGAUCGCGAUCUCUUCAGGCACAUGGCGAAGAAUUAUCCCAAAAAUACCGAAAUGAAUCUCAUUAGAUUCGUCCUGGCAAUGGUAAAUGGUGUUCAAUUGCUCUACCAUCAUCCAUCGUUGGGCUAUCAAGUUAAUUUCGUCCUGAAGCGUUUGGAGAUCCUCCACAAUGACCCCAAGGAUCUACACAGAUCAAGUGAUAUUGAUGUCUUCCUCAAUAGUUUCUGCAUGUGGCAGAGAAAAUUCAAUCCUGCCGCCGAUACGGAUGUUAUGCAUUUUGAUCAUGCGGUGAUCCUUACGGGACUUGAUCUCUACGUCGUUGGGAAAAAUGGGAAGAUUAGCAGUCAAGUUGUUGGUUUAGCUCCCGUGGCGGGGAUGUGUACGCCCACCUCAAGCUGUACAAUCAACGAAGGGAAACAUUUUGAGAGUGUCUUCGUGGUGGCUCAUGAAAUUGGGCACAAUUUGGGCAUGCGUCAUGAUACUUCAGAGAACAACUGCGAUCCAUCCUUGUACAUCAUGUCACCAACACUAGGAAGUGGCAAGAUUACCUGGUCAAAGUGCAGCAGAGAAUACCUGAGUAACUUCCUGGAAUCCUCUCAAGCACAAUGUCUCUUUGAUCGAGGACAUUCAGCCCAUAGUCUCGAUCACAAUGCUGAAGGGAUCCUUCCGGGGGAACGUUUCGAUGCAGAUCAGCAGUGCAUGUUGAAGUACGGGAAGGACAGUGUUCGAUCGAGGAAUCAACCCUUGGCGGAUAUUUGUCGGGAUUUGCAUUGUCAGAGGGAUAGGUACACGUGGACAUCUCAUCCAGCUCUCGAAGGAACCUAUUGCGGCGAGGGAAUGUGGUGCAAGAGUGGGGUAUGCAAACUCAAAGCAACAGCCUUCCUUGAAUCCUCCCACGCACCUUUCCAUCGACCAUCGAUAAAGCAUUUCCCCGAGAAGAGUGCAAACUUUAUUGAGGGGCAGAAGCUUAGUCACUACAAACAGGAAUUCGGGAAAUCUGUAACGGGGUGGAGUGAGUGGAGUUUGCCAAGUGAAUGUGAAUCUGGAUGCCUGUACGGGGAAUCAGGGCGACUCAAGGAAGGCAGCACAGGCCUAAAAGUUUCCACAAGGACCUGCCUUGAUAUGCGGGUAAAUCGCAAGAAGUGCCUGGAUCUCAAUAGAAGAUACGAAGCAUGCACAGCAAAGCAAUGCUUCAACAUUCCACGUACAACGGUUAUGGAAUUUUCAAAUCAGAUAUGCGAAAGAGCCAAGGAGUUUGACAGCGACAUCCUGGGGAUGGGAAUGCAGCAAGUUGCCUUGAAUCCCGAUGAUUCAUGUAGGGUCUUCUGCAAAACCCGCAGCGGAGUACCAAAGUCAAAGAAUUGGAUCUUCCCAGAUGGAACAACGUGCAGGAAUGCCGAAUCGGACUUUGAUGAUCCCUUCUACUGCAUCAAUGGAAGAUGUCAAAAAUUUUCAUGUGAUAAUUCAACAAGUAAUCUCUUCAAGACAGACCCAACGUACUGCCCACAGAGUCAGAUACGUGAAGAUGAUUCCCAAUCAAAUGCUAGUUCCCCACAAAUUGAGGAAAAGCCCCAGGAUGAGACAUCGACACAAAAUGAGAGUCAUCAGGAGGAUACAAAUGAAUCCUACAACAGCGAAGUAGCUCCGGAAUCGAGCUUCAUUAAAGCACAAAUCUACAACAACUGGCGCAUGAGGAACAACGACAAACAACUCAUGACGGCCAAUCAGCAUCCAUCGAUGAUGUACAAAAGUUCCCCCUUGAGGGAGAUGUGGCACGUAAAGUCCGGAUGCUACUUCAGCUGCAUGGACAUGGCCAAGGGGAUACAAAUUGUUGCAUCAGCCACAUCGGGUGUAACGAGCAUCCAGCUGUGCUCACCCGAUGUACUGCCGUGCGAAAAAAUGCAAACCACCUAUGAAUUUUCCAGUAAACUCUGCUCACGGUACAAAACAAAAGGUAGAGGAUUAUCCGGGAGUGGCAUGCAAAUCUCACCGAGUAUAGAAGAUCCUGAUCGCAGUUGCAAGGUGGCGUGUCAGGAUGAGUACAUCGGGCAUAGGUUCUACCUGGUUAAUGGGGAACAGGGUUACUUUCCAUUUGGAACAAAAUGCUCAAAAACGGAGAAACGUUUCUGCGUCCGGGGGAGAUGUUUGGAAUUUGGGCCAGACAAUAUGCCCCUGAGGGAGUCACAUUCGAACCUGGCACUCUAUCACAAUCGCAAGAGACGUCGGCGGAAAAGGAGUUUCCUUGAUUUUGCUCCGGUUAACAUUACUGAGAAGGUCAGCCAAGAAUUGCUGGAUAAACUUCUCGAUAACGUUAACUUCACCACUGCUUUUGAUCCUGACGACCUUGCUGAACAACAUAUCGACAUGACAAGUCCUAUCUAUUUAUCCGACUCCUUUUAGUAUUGUGCAAAUAUUAAAUAUAGAUUUUAUAAAAUAAAAUCGAUGGAUUUUGUUUUUUUA